AUGACGCGUUCGCGAAGCUCGAGCGGCAGUUCGUCCAGCUCCAGCUCGUCUGACAGCGAUAACGACGCCUCCAAGCAGCACUGGUGGCAACGCGCCAAUAACUUGAAGAAGAAACUCAAAGCACAUUCACCCGCAGGCUCAGGCUCAGGCAAGAACAGUAACAGCAACGAGGCAGCCAUCAGCUCUGCAGGGAAAGCCGUCUUGCUUGCCGCCGCGCAGAGCAUCCUUCCUUCCACACCGAUGGCCUCAAACGGACACCAUAGUCAUAGCACCUCUUCGUCCUCUGAGACCAGCCCCCUUCUUGCCGCCGCGAGUGGGCACCGGGACGAGGAAGGCCAGGGAGGAGGGCACAAGGAGGAGAACAGCAAGGCGCGAAGGGUGAUUUGGGGGCUGCUGUCGCUCGUGUUCGUCGUAGCUCUGGUGCUACUGGUGGGCUUCCAGAAGGUUUUGGGAGACGGGUUCGCAGCGUGGUUGGGCAUCUUGCCUAGUGACCCCCUGCUUGCGGCGUAUGCUAUACUCGACAAGGCGCCUAUUAUCGACGGUCAUAUUGAUCUCCCUAUCCUCGCGCGAUUCAGGUUUGCGAACAACGUGUCGGCGAUCGACAUGCACUCGCGACUGCCCGGACACGUCGAUAUCCCGCGCUUGAGGCAGGGCAAAGUCGGAAGCUUCUUCUGGUCCACCUACGUUUCCUGCUUUAAUCCUGAUGAAGCGGGUGAAGAUUUCCUUGGUGCAACCUGGCGUGUUCGCGAUACCCUGGAGCAGAUAGAUAUCUCGAGAUUGUUGAUUGACAAAUACCCUGAAACGUUCGCUCUUUCUCUCACUUCCGAGGAUGUGAAGAAUGCUAUCGUGAAUGGUAAAAUUGCCAGCUUGCUUGGAGUCGAAGGUGGACACCAACUUGGAAAUUCUAUUGCGGCCCUUCGCCAGUACCACGCCCUUGGAGUUCGGUACGUUACCCUGACGCACACCUGCCACAACGCGUUCGCGGACUCGGGUGGCUUCCUGCCCGGAAUUAUCCCGCUUCACCAUGGCUUGAGCCCGCUAGGCUUGAGAUUGAUCGACGAAAUGAAUCGCUUAGGCGUCCUCAUCGACCUUUCUCAUACAUCGGACGACACUGCCAGGCAAGCGCUCCAGUAUUCCAAGGCACCCGUCAUCUGGUCCCAUUCAUCGGCCCGCGCUGUUCAUGACCAUCCCCGCAACGUUCCCGACGAUAUCCUUGACCUCAUCGGCCGAGGGCCAGACAAGACCGACGCCGUCGUUAUGGUCAACUUUGCAGCAGGUUUCAUCGCCGAGCCUGGAAAUGCCACUGUUGCGGCUGUCGCGGACCAUGUCGACCACAUUGCGAAGGUCGCAGGCAAAGAGCACGUCGGUAUAGGCAGUGACUUUGAUGGUAUCGAGGAGGUGCCAGUUGGAUUGGAAGAUGUAUCGAAGUACCCUGCUUUGAUCGCUGAACUCUAUCGACGUGGAUGGACUCGGUACGAGUUAGCCGGCUUGGCUGGCGCCAAUCUGCUUCGCAUCCUGUCAGGUGCGGAGCGAGUUGCCCAUGAACUCCAGGCUGCCCGAACACUCCCAGUGGUCGACCUGUACGAUCAGCGCACUGACAUACCAAGAGCGGCUCGUGUUGAAUUGUAG